AUGGCUACCGUUGUACCCCCGCCCUCGAAGAGGCAGCGAAGAGAAGCGCUUGAACGCACACAAGUUCAGCACCAGGAUGACCCGAGCGCGCAGGUCCAGGGUUCUUUCAGAACCCGAUUCAUCGAUGGCGAUGGCCAGCAACUGGCUGAUGUGGUGGAAGUCAACUUCGCAGACGCAACAGAGAAGAAUAUGUCACAGCUGUUGAACACACUCCUGCAGAACGACAAGGAGGAUGCGGUGCCAUACAGAUUCAAAAUUCUCAUCUCCGAGUCGAACAAGGUCAUCAAUUCACUCCCAGCCAGCCCAGCAGAGCUUCCUGAACUCUUGAAGGCACACGGUUUAACGAGCCCUGCGGAGGCAAUCCUGAGCUUUGUCGCAGAGCCACAAGCCGUUUUCAAAGUCAACGCUGUGUCGAGGUUGUCCCACCGAAUUCCCGGCCAUGGGCAGCCUAUUCUUUGUGCCCAAUUUUCUCCUGCCACAAGUGGUCUGCUGGCAACUGGAAGUGGUGAUCAGACAGCCCGAAUCUGGGAUACCGUGACUGGCACACCGAAAUUCACGUUGAAAGGACACACGGGCGCCGUUAUUGUUGUAUCUUGGAGCCCAGAUGGAGAGUUGCUUGCCACGUGCAGCAUGGACCAAACUGCCAGACUUUGGAACCCUCGGACAGGAGAGUCAGUGAACAAGGUCCUCAAAGGCCACCUCAAGGAUAUCAGAGCCCUCGCGUGGCAGCCAUAUCAUCUUUGGUCCGACAACACACCUUACCUUGCCACUGCUGGAAAAGACACUACGUGCAGACUUUGGAACGUAAACACGGGUCAGACAGAGCACAUCCUCAGCGGCCACACAGCUGCCAUCAGCUGUGUCAAAUGGGGCGGUACAGGCGGUGAAAAGGGGACGAUCAUCACAGCCAGUCAUGACAAAACUCUCCGCAUUUGGGACCCUGUGAAGGGCGUGUUAUUACAUAACCUCAAGGGCCAUGCCCACUGGGUGAACAGUCUGGCGCUUUCAACCGAUUAUGUGCUUCGGACAGGCUAUUUCGAGCCUGGGACUCAGGUUCCUGCCACACCCGAGGAGAAGAAGCAGAAGGCAAAGGAACGCUUCGAGAAGGUUGCCAACGUGAAAGGUACUUUAGUUGAAACAAUGGUUUCCGCUAGUGAUGACUUCACCAUGUAUCUGUGGGAUCCAGUCCAGUCCAAGGAUAAGCCUAUUACUCGCAUGCUUGGGCAUCAAAAGAUGGUCAACCACGUGGCCUUCUCACCCGAUGGACGACUUAUUGCUAGUGUCAGUUGGGACAAUCACACCAAACUAUGGAAUCCGAAGGACGGUGCUUUUAUCGCUACUCUGCGAGGCCACGUUGCACCCAUUUAUUUGUGUGCUUUCUCCGCUGACUCCCGCCUCCUUGUGACAGCGUCCAAAGACACGACACUCAAAGUCUGGAAUUUAAGAACGUUCCAACUCGCAAGAGAUUUGCCAGGGCAUGAGGAUGAAGUCUAUGCUGUGGAUUGGAGCGUCGAUGGCCAACGGGUGGGAAGCGGUGGAAAGGACAAAGCCGUUCGACUUUGGGCCAACUAA